AUGAAACGAACCAUGUGGGGUUUGCUGGCCCUCUUGGCCGCGCCGGCUGCAGCAGCGGACGCUCGCCGCAGCUGCGAGUGCGAGGGCAUCGAUGAUUGGAACGACCCAGCUUUCUCCAGGUGCGACUGGUGGGGCGACGUCCACAUCACGGACAGCUGGCGAUCUCCCAGUGUCUUCGACUUCCAGGGCUACGGUGUCUACAGCUUUGCUUCCUCCACCGAGUGCGGCGGGGACUUCGAGCUGCAGAUCUUCCAGUGCCCGUACAGCAAGAACAGCAACGCGGUGGCCAUUGGCGUCGCGAUGAAGGUGAACGAUGGGGACGUGGUGGUGAUCGCCAACGACACGGUGUCCAACCCCGAUGGCGCCAGCGUCGUCCCGCCCACGUUUGAGAGCCUCAAGAAGGGUGUCAGCAUUGUCAGUGAUGACAAGUGCGUGCGCCUCAACGUCAACACCAAGCUCCUCAGGAGGGCACCACGCUUGUUGCACAACGGGAACUUGCGUGUGAUCAGCCAUGCUACAACCAGCGAGGGCAUUUGUGGAGCUCCCACCUUCGGCGGCUCCUACAUUGCCCCAGGCGAGGACAUGCUCUUCCCUGAUGCGACAUUCCAGGAGAUGUGCUCGUUCUGUGAGUCCGAGACCGGCGUCUCUGAGUCCACGACUACCGUCUUUGAGGACUACCCAGGUUAUGCCGGCGACCUGCCAGACACCUCUGGUGGUGUGAAGGUCGAGUCGGACGACGUGACGCAGACGCUCAGCUGGCUCUUCACGCAGGGCCUGGACCCGCGAUGCACUCAGGCUGGCUCGGCGGACAACAGCUGCGGUGUCCAGAUCCACGAUGGCAUGAGCUGUUCGGACCCCAACGCCAUCGGCAACCCUUACUGGGACCAGGAGGCAGUCCCAGAGAACCCUUGGCCGGAGGUGCGCUACGUGAUCGAAGGCUCCUUGCCAUCGAAGGUGAACGACCUCAAGGUGACGACCGGGCUCAGCGCAGCGGAGGUCAACGGCCGCGCUGUCAUCGUGUACGACUAUGACGGGGUCCGCAUCGGAUGCGCCACCAUCAAGAUCUGCAUCGACACCAAAACCACCGUGAAGGGUGCCAUCGACAAGUUGGAAGAGGCAGUGGACCAGAUCAAGGAUGCGCUCACCGACCUUGAAGGCGUGGUGGCCGCCAAAUCCUCCAACCACUCCGGCAAGGGCUACUCUCACUCCGGCUACCACUCCUCCGAUUACAAGAAAGAAACGCACCCGCCGGCCUACAAGUGCAACAACAUUUGCGGUGACAUUUGCUCUACGCAGCACCCUCAGCCGGCAAGUUGCCAGCAUAUGUGCAAGACAAGGCAAAAUGCCAUCAUCCCCAUCGCUCAAGUUUUCUGCUCCAAGGGACUUUGCCCCCUCAGCCCUAUGCCUAUGCUCACCGAGACCAACGAAGAGGUCGGCCUCUUGCAGAGGAAAACUCAUCAGGAUGAAGAGGUCGGUGCUUGCCGUCCCGUCUCCAAGUACUGCACGCUCUUCUGUAAAAAUGGCUUCAUGCUGCCUGCCAAGGGCAACGAUGCCAUCGCACAGUGCCAGUCCGAGUGCCAAGCUAACUUCGAGCCCUUCUUGGCUGCGCUGCAGAAGUACGUGGCGCUGCGUCCUGAGGCAUCCCGCGCCCCGGUCAUGAACCGAACCUUGUGGAGCUUGCUUGCCUCCGCGGCCUUCUUGGCUGCGCCGGCUGCGGCAGCGGACGCUCACCGCAGCUGCGAGUGCGAGGGCAUCGAGGAUUCGAAUGACCCAGCUUUCUCCAGGUGCGAUUGGUGGGGCGAUGUUCACAUCACGGACAGCUGGCGAUCUCCCAACGUCUUCGACUUCCAGGGCUAUGGCGUCUACAGCUUUGCUUCCUCCACUGAGUGCGGCGGGGACUUCGAGCUGCAGGUCUUCCAGUGCCCGUACAGCAAGAAUGGCAACGCGGUUGCCACUGGCGUGGCGAUGAAGGUGAACGAUGGGGACGUGGUGGUGAUUGUCAACGACACGGUGUCCAACCCCGAUGGCGCCAGCGUUGUCCCCCCUACGUUUGAGAGCCUCAAGAGGGGUGUCAACAUCGUCAGUGAUGACAAGUGUGUGCGCCUCAACGUCAACACAAAGCUCCUCAGGAGGGCACCUCAGUUGUUGCACAAUGGGAAGUUGCGUUUGAUCAGCCAUGCUACAACCAACCAGGGAAUUUGCGGAGCUCCCAGCUUCGGCGGUGCAUUCAUUCCCCCUGGCCCCAAAAUGCUCUUCCCGGACCCAACAUUCCGGGAGCUGUGCUCGUUCUGUGAAUCCGAGACUGGGGUCUCUGUCCCAGGAUGUGACCUGCCUGCAAACCCUCCAGAGAUUGAGCCGGGCUGCGAGUUCAUGGAGCUCAGAAAGAAGGGCCGAGAGGUUGUGCCGUGCAGGGGCAACCAGGACCCUGUGAUCGCGGAAGCCAAGGCUGAUGGCGAGAACUGUGUGGCUUACGUUGCCCUGCAGAAGCGCAAUAAUUGCAAUGAAUUCUGUGAAGAGAGGGGCUCCACAUGUGUCAGGGCCAUUGACCAGCCGAACGGUGAGAGGUGCGUAGCCAGUGUGUCCAGCCUUGAUGAAAUUGACACGAACAAGGUGAAUUGUAACACCAGGCGCUUCCGAGAUCUCCUGUGCGUCUGCAAGAAGGCAGACAACCCUGCUCCAGGACCAACGCCCGAAGAAGCAUGCGCCAACCUGCCGGACGGCUUCACUUUGAAAAUGGCUAAAAACCUGUGCCACACCACUGUGGACUUCUUGCAGGGCGUCGCUUACCCGGGCACCGCGACCUCCGGCCCUCAAAAGGUCUUGGAGGACAUCCUGCGCGAUUGCAUCGUGGAUGUGUGCACUGCGCCGCCCGAAGAUCGCGAGGAGAUCGCGGACAAUGUGAACGGAGUGGUGGAAGUGGAGUCUCUCCCCGAUGGCACCACUCGCCUUGCCUACAGCCUUACAGACCUCGACCCCGCAUGCGACGGCACCAGCUGCGACGAACCAACUGGCCCUCAUUUCUGGGACAGCGGCAGCAUCCCGCAAGAUCCUUGGCUGUCGGUGAGAUACGACUCCAGCACGGACCCAGCAAACGUACUUUCCGAGAUUGUGGAGGCAGGCCUUUCCAACGAGGACGUCUUGGGACGUGCGGUUGUGAUCCAUGAUGUUACCGGUGCGCGCAUCGCAUGUGGCAUCAUUGAGCCCUCCACCACCACGGUCUUCGAGGAAUUCCCUGGGUACAACGGGGAUUUGCCUGUGACAUCUGGUGGGGUGCAGGUGUUGUCCGACGAUGGCGACGGCACCCAGACGCUCAGCUGGAUCUUCACUCAGGGCGUCGACCCGCGGUGCACCUCGGCCGGUCCGGCGGCCAACAGCUGCAGUGUCCAAAUCUUUGAUGGCACCAGCCCCGAUGCACCCGGCAACCCUUACUGGAACCAGGGCGACAUCCCCCAGAACCCUUGGCCGCAGGUGCGCUAUGUGAUCCAAGGAUCCCUCCCAACGGCGGUGAAUGACGUCGAGGUGACGACUGGACUUACCUCCGCGGACAUCGAUGGUCGUGUUGUGGUGGUCUACGACUACGACGGCGUCCCCGUCGGCAUUGCCAUCAUCGAGCUGCCAGAGGACGUUCCUGAGCCGGCGGAGGGUGAUGACCUGUACGUCUUCGACUUCAGCCCGUACCCUG